AUGUCUGAUACGUUGACCGCAGAUGAGGAGCGCGAGUACACCGUCAUCAUCGAUGACAUCUUGGCGCAUUCUGACCUCAACACUGUCUCUGCGAAGGCUAUUCGUAAGGGCAUUCAGCAGCGAGUCGAUCAUGACAUUUCAGUAAAAAAGAAACCCAUCACAGACUUGAUCAUGUCGCGCUUUGACAAGGUCACCGCAGAACAGUCGGCAGGCUCCGCGCUUCCUUCCGCUGAAUCUGCUCCUUCUCAUCCGGCGCCUCCAGCAGUCAAUGGCAAUGGCACGUCCGCCUCCCCGCCAGCCAAACCCCAGCCCAAUGGCACAAGCAAGAAACGCUCGUCUCCCACACUUGAUGAGGAGGAAAUUUCAAGCGUUGCUAAUACUCCGCCGCCCAAAAAGAAGACUAAAUAUGAAAAGAGUCAAACGGAGACAGACGCUGAGUAUGCCGCACGCUUACAUGCCGAGCUGAAUAGAUUAGAAAGGUCAACUAGAGGUGGCGGCGCGUCAGCGAGACGGAAGCCGGUUGUCAAGAAGAAGAGCAAAAAGAAGAGCCGGGCGACUGUGAAUUCGGAUGACGAUUCCGAGGCUGGGAGCGGCGAGAAGAAAGAAGUCAAGAGGACGGGUGGUUUUCACAAACCACUUGCGCUCUCGCCACAACUUUCGGCGUUGGUCAAUGAAACACAACUCUCACGUCCGCAGACCGUCAAGAAAAUAUGGGAUUACAUCAAGGCUCGCGGCCUGCAAGAUCCCAACGAUAGGCGGCAGAUCAUCUGCGACGAUGCCAUGCGCAGUGUCUUCAAGACGGACAAGGUUCACAUGUUCACCAUGAACAAGAUCAUCAACACACACUUAUAUGAGAUGGAAGAAGCGUAA